UCCCUCUCUUCGCUUGCCUGGGUCCCAUUGACGAGUGAACGCUGCCGGCUUUUUCUUUGUAAAUUCUAACUUUAGUGAGUGUGUCGCGUUCUAGUUGGAUUUUUGUGAAAAAAAAUUGAAGAAGAAAAAUAAAAAAAAACAAAACGGAAAUAGAAAAAAAUUAUUUAGAUUUAUUAUUAAAGUUUUGACAAACAAAUUAAAUUUACCGGUCAUUCGGGAGUUUUAUUUCUCAAAAAACGAAAUGAGAAGAAAAUGUGUGUAAAAGAAUUGUGUUGUUUGUGUCAUUUGUUUAAGGAAUGCUGAAAAGUUGUAGCCAUUCCAUGGAAAUUUUGUGAUUUUAAUCAUUUUGUGCAUUUAAUUACAAAAAUAAAAGAAAAAUCUUGAAUAACGACGUGGAAUGUAAAUUCAAUUCAAUUUCAUCAUGAAGGAGAUAAAUUCACAAUAUGUCAUUGAAAAGCUGGUUGGCGGUGAAUUUGAUAUGGAAUUAAAUUUUGUCAUACAAGAUGCACAAAAUAUCAAACACAUGCUAGAAUUACUGGAUCAUUGUCCACCAAAUUUACAGGCUGAAAUAUGGAGUGUCUUUAUUGCAAUUUUACGCAAAAGUGUACGCAAUUUACAAGCCUGCACAGAUGUUGGCCUUAUCGAGCACGUACUGGUGCGUUUGCAGCGCUCCGAAACUGUUGUGGCAGAUCUCCUCAUCGAAAUGCUGGGUGUCUUGGCCAGCUACAGUAUAACCGUCAAGGAACUAAAACUACUGUUCGGCACCAUGAAAGCCGUAAAUGGCAAAUGGCCACGCCACUCGGCCAAAUUGUUAAAUGUUUUACGACAAAUGCCACAUCGUAAUGGUCCUGAUGUAUUUUUUAGUUUUCCAGGACGUAAGGGUUCGGCUAUGGUAUUACCGCCAUUGGCUAAAUGGCCUUAUGAGAAUGGUUUUACAUUUACCACAUGGUUUCGUUUGGAUCCCAUUAAUUCUGUGAAUAUUGAACGCGAGAAACCCUACCUCUACUGUUUUAAAACAUCAAAAGGUGUUGGUUAUACCGCCCAUUUUGUUGGUAAUUGCCUUGUACUGACUUCGAUGAAAGUUAAAGGCAAAGGAUUUCAACAUUGUGUAAAAUAUGAAUUCCAGCCCAGAAAGUGGUAUAUGAUUGCCAUCGUGUAUAUUUACAAUCGCUGGACAAAAAGCGAAAUAAAGUGCCUCGUAAAUGGACAAUUAGCGUCCAGUACCGAAAUGGCGUGGUUUGUUUCAACAAACGAUCCAUUUGACAAAUGCUAUAUCGGAGCAACACCCGAAUUAGAUGAAGAACGUGUCUUUUGUGGCCAAAUGUCGGCUAUAUACCUCUUUAGCGAAGCCCUGACCACCCAGCAAAUAUGUGCAAUGCAUCGCUUGGGGCCCGGUUAUAAGUCACAAUUUCGUUUCGACAAUGAGUGCUAUUUGAACCUGCCGGACAAUCAUAAAAGGGUGAGUCAACAACAACAUCAACGUCAAGUUCCCACACAACACACUGCAGCCGUUUUGUUAGCCGAACAGGAAGCUCAGGCCAUCGAUUGGUCUGAUGAGAAAUUAGACUUGCAGGCAGCAUUUGCCAAAAUACGUGCCGUGUUGGCGGCACGCAAUGCCAAUGCAAAUGCUGUCCUACAGGCAUUGACGGGUGGUGGAACAAGUGGUAGUGCGGCGGGCAAUACGGAUACACUGUCGACCGAGGCCAAUGCGGCCGUCGCCGCAAACAAUGCCACCGCAUCGGACACCAUCAUCGGUGGUAGUGAUGGUAGCAAAAUCACCGACUCCUUGAGUCACAUGCCCAUUGGUUCAGCUUCGACUUCUUCAAUUGAUCGUCUAAGACGCAUGUCUUCUUCGUCUAUGUCCGGUUCGGAAUAUAUGCGAGCUUUUGGUGGUGAUACGGAAGAAAUCAAUCAAUUGAAAGCUGUACUAUACGAUGGUAAACUUUCCAAUGCCAUCGUGUUCAUGUAUAAUCCAGUAGCCACGGAUGGUCAACUAUGUUUACAAUCAGCACCCAAAGGAAAUGUAUCAUAUUUUGUACAUACACCACAUGCACUUAUGUUACAAGAUGUUAAGGCUGUUGUUACACAUUCCAUACACUGUACAUUGAAUUCAAUUGGUGGCAUACAAGUUUUAUUUCCACUCUUCUCACAACUGGAUAUGGCUCAUGAGGGUAUUAGCGAUAUAAAACGUGAUCCAACAUUAUGUUCCAAACUUUUAGGUUUCAUUUGUGAACUUGUCGAAACCUCACAGACCGUUCAGCAGCAUAUGAUACAAAAUCGUGGUUUCUUAGUUAUAUCAUUUAUGCUGCAGCGUUCGUCGCGGGAACAUCUGACGCUAGAGGUCUUAGGUUCAUUCCUCAAUCUAACCAAGUACUUGGUUACAUGUCUAUCGGCCAACAGUGAUUUAUUGCUCAAACAGCUGUUCUGCUUCUCAUUUCUGACCUGGCAGCUGUUGGACCAUGUCCUCUUCAAUCCAGCCUUGUGGAUUUAUACACCGGCCAAUGUCCAGGCCCGUUUAUAUUCAUAUCUGGCCACCGAGUUUCUAAGCGAUACACAGAUCUACAGCAAUGUACGUCGUGUCAGCACCGUCCUCCAGACCGUGCACACAUUGAAAUAUUAUUAUUGGGUUGUGAAUCCACGUGCUAAAAGUGGUAUUGUACCAAAGGGAUUGGAUGGUCCUCGUCCAGCCCAGAAAGACAUUUUAGCUAUACGUGCAUAUAUUCUAUUGUUUCUAAAACAAUUGAUUAUGAUAGGCCAGGGUGUCAAAGAAGACGAGUUGCAAAGCAUUCUGAAUUAUUUGACAACCAUGCAUGAGGAUGAAAAUUUACAUGAUGUUUUACAAAUGUUAAUAUCUUUGAUGUCGGAGCAUCCAAGCUCUAUGGUACCUGCUUUUGAUGUUAAACAUGGUGUUAGAACUAUAUUUAAAUUAUUGGCUGCUGAAAGUCAGCUGAUACGCUUACAAGCACUCAAAUUAUUAGGAUUCUUUUUAUCGAGAAGUACAUACAAACGAAAAUAUGACGUUAUGUCGCCACAUAAUUUAUAUACAUUAUUAGCGGAACGUUUACUUUUGUACGAGGAAUCAUUGUCGAUGCCAACAUAUAAUGUAUUAUAUGAAAUUAUGACCGAACAUAUAUCACAGCAUAUUAUGUACAAUAGACAUCCGGAGCCGGAAAGUCACUAUCGUUUGGAGAAUCCAAUGAUGCUCAAAGUCGUCGCCACGCUGAUACGGCAAUCGAAACAAACCGAAUCCCUGAUUGAGGUGAAAAAACUCUUCCUCUCCGACAUGACACUGCUGUGCAAUAGUAAUCGUGAAAAUCGACGAACCGUUCUGCAAAUGUCCGUUUGGCAGGAAUGGCUCAUUGCCAUGGCCUAUAUACAUCCGAAAAAUACGGAGGAACAAAAAAUAUCCGAUAUGGUUUAUUCGCUGUUCCGUAUGUUGCUACAUCAUGCCAUUAAAUAUGAAUACGGCGGCUGGAGAGUUUGGGUGGACACUUUGGCCAUUGUCCACUCCAAAGUCUCCUAUGAGGAGUUCAAACUACAAUUUGCCCAAAUGUAUGAGCAUUAUGAGCGCCAGAGAACGGAUCAAAUAACUGAUCCUGCCCUGAGACAAGCCAGACCGAUAAGUACCAUUAGCGGCUGGGAAAGGGAAGAAAUGCAGCAACAACAUGGCAGCGGAAAUGUGGUACAUAAUGCCACAUCGGUGGCCUCUUUGGAGGAUGUGCCUCCGGUGGAAGAGGAGGUGGAGGAAAUAGAUAUGGAAGAAGAAUCCACCCAACAGGAUGAAGAGAUUGAGGAACCAGUCGAAGAAUCCAAAUGUGCUUGUGCCAGUGAUGAAACAAACGCCACUGCCGUUGCUGCCCCAACCUGUGAGGAGAAGUCAACGGAGGUGGAAACGGAAGAGGAGACAAAAGAAGCAGCAUCUGGUGAUGCAGCAGCCAUUAAGUCAAGUAUAUCCAACAUCAGUGAUGUCUACAAUGAACACAUCAAAUCCGAGGUCUUGGUUGUGGCCACAGCCCAAUGCAAUGGCAAUGCCUCAUCAACCUCCACAAAUACCAGUGCUAACACAACACCCGCCAAAACAGCCAGCCUACCUCCUGCCACUGCGGCGGCAGCUGGUGGCCCAGAAGCCUUAAAGAAAACCCUCAACAUAGAUGACUUGGAAGAAUUGGAAUUGGAAAAUGCCAAGGCUGCCACCUCUGUGGAAGAUGCCGAGGCCCAUGUCCAAGAGGUUUUGAAAAACUCCGAAAAGGUGUUGCAAGAAUGUAAACUUGUGGCCGAUGAAAUGCAGGAGGCUUCAUCUGUUAUCAAGGAUGAAGAGAUUGAAUUGGCUGUCAAUGAAGUGGUCCAGGGUGUAUUGAACAAUGAGAAGAAACAAAUCAAGGAACCGUCCAUGGAAACAUCGACAAAGGCAGCAGAGGAAACCAAAGCUGAGUUGGAAGAAAGCGACAAAGUAUCCCUGCUCAAUACCAAGAAUUUGCUGAAUAAUAAUCUAACAGAAGCCGAGGCCGAGGCCACAACAGCUUCAACAAUAGAUAACAACAAUGUUAACAAUAACAAUGCCGAAACCAGCAGCCCCACGGGGGCCCAGGAAGACAACACCACAACCCAGAAAACCACAGAUAAUGGGGAAGGCCACGACGAAAAAGAAACUAAAAAGACUGAACAAAAACAAGAAACUAAUCAAGAAAAUCUUUUAAAUAAUAAUGACAUACAAACGGAGGCAGAUGCAACACCAGAAACAACAACAACUAAUGACCAUUCCAAAAAUCCGGAGACGGAAGAAAAGAAGGAAGAGUACAACACAAAAUUGCCAGCAGAAGAAACCUCUGCCAAACCCAAUGAUUUAGUGGAACUUGAAGUCAGUUCUUCAUUGUCCACGACCGUUACGACUGGAGAAACUUCGGAGGAGAUUUCAUCGCUCAGCCCUGAUACCACAAUAUCUAGUCCCUCUAUGAUGGAUGAUGCCCCAAUGUUAAGUAUUAAUGAUGAGCCAGCUACCACGCCCGUGGAAGAAAACAAAACCGAGGCGGCUGUGGUAAAGGAUAUUGUCGAUGAGUUAAUUGACAAAGUCAUUGAGAAGUCCGUCGUCGAAGAGGGAGAAACCAACAACAAUGAUGUCGACGACAAAGAAAAAGAAGCCGAAGAAUUCAUCAAUGAGACAGCCCAAGAAAUCAUUGAUGAUGUGGUAAAAACAGCUGUAGAAGAAGCUACAACUACCGAAACAAAACCUCUUGAUGAGUCGAAUUUGGCCGAAAAGAAAUCCACUUCACCCAGUCCACUACCAGAGUCUACAGCCGAAAAAGAAAAUGUCGAAGCCAUUGUCCAAACCGUGGUAGAUGAUUUGGUCGAACAAACUGUCAGCACGAUCAUUGAUAACGCCACGCAAGAAGCUGAAACUGAAAUCGUUGAAGAAAUCAGCGAACAAGUUGCCGAACUUCAACUCGAUGAUGCAAUUGUCGAACAAACUGAAGAGGAGACUCAAACCUCGGCAGCUGAUGACUUGGAAACAGUGCCACCACAACUGCUGCUGCAGGAAAAAAUCGAUGAUGUUCGCAUUGAAGAUGAUGAAUAUUUGGAAGAGCCCGUCAGUCAACAUGAGCAACAGACACAGACACAACAAACUGAAGAUGUGGGUAGCGAUGCCGUAGAAGAGAGCCAGGAUCAAGGAGAACAGGAUGUCCAUCAACAUCAGCAGCAGGCGACACAACAACAGCAGCACAGUGCCAGCACGCAGGUGGAAAAUCAACAUUUCGACAAUGCCGGCAAGCAGCAGCAACAACCUGCAACACAUGCCCAACAACAACAACAGCAGCAACAGUCACAACAUCAGCAACAACAACAACAACAACGUUCAAAAUCCGGCUCAACCCGACCCAUGUUCAGUCCUGGUCCAACACGACCACCCUUCCGCAUACCCGAAUUCAAAUGGUCCUACAUCCAUCAACGAUUGCUAUCGGACGUACUCUUCUCCCUCGAAACGGAUAUUCAAGUGUGGCGUUCACAUUCCACCAAAAGUGUUCUGGAUUUCGUCAAUUCCAGCGAGAAUGCAAUAUUCGUUGUGAAUACCGUUCAUUUGAUAUCACAAUUGGCAGAUAAUUUGAUAAUUGCCUGUGGCGGCCUGUUGCCAUUGUUGGCCUCGGCCACAUCGCCAAAUUCUGAACUUGAUGUACUGGAACCCACCCAAGGUAUGCCGCUCGAGGUGGCCGUCUCAUUUCUGCAGCGUCUUGUCAACAUGGCUGACGUGUUAAUUUUUGCAACAUCAUUAAAUUUCGGUGAAUUGGAAGCCGAGAAGAACAUGUCCAGCGGUGGUAUACUGCGACAAUGUUUGCGUCUCGUCUGUACAUGUGCGGUGCGCAACUGUUUGGAAUGCAAGGAACGGACCCGCUACAAUGUUGGUGCAAUGGCACGAGAUGUGCCCGGGGCGGCUCAUUUACAAGCGCUGAUACGUGGUGCCCAGGCUUCGCCUAAGAACAUUGUCGAGUCAAUAACAGGUCAAUUAUCUCCGGUUAAGGAUCCUGAGAAAUUGCUACAAGACAUGGAUGUAAAUCGUUUAAGAGCCGUUAUCUACAGAGAUGUGGAGGAAACCAAACAAGCCCAAUUCCUCUCAUUGGCCAUUGUAUACUUCAUCUCCGUUCUGAUGGUGUCCAAAUAUCGUGACAUUUUAGAACCACCGGCAGAGCCACAAAUACAACGGCAGUCACCCAUAAUGCAGAGAUCAGCUGGCGAACCUUCAGGUCGUCCCUUAUUCCCCCAGUGGUCACAUCAUGUGUAUCCACAAUUUUUACCCGGUUCGCAUCAUAAUCAUGUAACAACGGCUAACAUGCAACAGCAGCAACAGCAAACAAAUAUGCAACAGCAACAACAACAACAACAUGUCCAGCAACAUCAUCAUCACCAACAGCAGCAACAACAACAACAGCAAUUAUAUUAUCAUCAACAAAUGCCUUCACCGCCACCGCAUCAACAUCAGCAGCAACAGCAGUCAAUGCAACAAACAUCUCAUUUACAACAUCAACAUCAUCACUUGACACAUCAACAGCAACAGCAGCAACAACAACAACAAUACUAUCAUCAUCAGGCCAUGAAUAAUGCAGCUGUAGCAGCGGCAGCAGCUAGUUAUGCCACUCAUUGUCCUUCACCGCCUUUGGCUAACCAAUCGACAAGUCCUUCAACAUCUUCAACAACCAACACCUCACAGCCAGCCUCAACAUCUUCACUUUCAAGUUUGGCCUCACAGCCACAUCAUCAGCAGCAACGUCAUGGACAGAAACACCAACACUACCAGCCGCAACAGCAACAGCAGCAGCACAUGACAGCUGGCGCUGGAGCCAAUGGAGGAGGCCACUACAACAUGAUGAAUGGCAGUCAAGUGUUAAAUGGAAAAAUAUCGACGCCACAACAGCAACAGCAAUACUCGAAUCCCUCGGCUGCUGCUUCAGCUGUGGACAUGAAUGGUGCUGGCUAUCAUCAGCAUCCACAUGCCCAUAUGGCACAGCCACCACAAUAUAUGCGUACACCUUCAACAUCUUCCUCGGCCAUGAUGAUGACGAAUGGUCUAAAUGGCAUGACCUCAGCCCAUCAAAAUGGUAUUGUCGAUUAUCAUUCCCAACAUGGGGGAGCUGGUGUUGUUGGAGGUGGUGGCGGUAUGAUGUUAAAUGGUGGCGGCAGCGUUGGCAAUCAAAUUGCAAAUGGCAAUAAUCCCAGUCUAAUGCAUAAUAAUGGCAAUGCUGGCAACCCGGUCGCGGGCAAUAAUCACAGUUCUAUGAUCGUCGGUGGUGGGGCCAUGAAUAAUGGUCGUAAUAUGCGUAAUGGUCUGGGUGGUCAUGUUUUGGGUUCAGCUGGUGGAGUUGUUGGUGGCGGCGGCGUUGGCAUGCAUGGUGCCAAUGUCAUGGCCUCAUCAUCGUCGGCAUAUAAACAAAACAAUGGUAUAAAUAAUAAUUAUCGUUACAAUGGCCGUAGCGCAACAACUGGAACAGGUGGCCGUACCAUACAAGAUGGUGAUUAUGAAAUAAUUGUUGUCGACGAAAACAAUCCCUCGGUGCUGGCUGACAACGAUUCCCAUUCAAGUGGACCUCCUUCAAUUAAGAGUCCUAAAAUGCCAAUGAAAUCCCAAACAACGACAACGACCAAUACACCGACAACACUGACAAAAACAUCCACAGUGACCACAACGACAGCAACACCAACGACGACAGGGACAACGGCGUCGUCAACGCCCACGACAAUGGUGGCCACCGGUGCCGCCCUGGUCAAAACAAUGACAACAACAAUUAAUUCGGUAUUAUUGAAUAAUACACUAACAACAACAAAGACGACAAAUAAAUUACAACAACAACCAUUAUCGCCUCCCAAACCAGUGGUGCCACAAAAAUUACCCAAGAGUGACUCCGAAUGCAAUUCCCUGAAUAUGAACUCAACUGAAAAUGAAGUUCCUGAAGUGGAAUCGUCAAGUGAGAUUAUGGUCGACGAUAACAAGCCCAUAAAUUCCAAUGAUGAAAGCUGGACAGAUGUCAAUUUGAAUGAAGACGCCAGUGUACAGGCCACGGCCACGGGUAUUAUUAUGCCAGGUGGUGGCAGUGCUGGUGUCGAUGGUAAAAUGCGUGGCGAUGACAGCGGCAUGCAUUCGCUGCAUGCCAGCCACAUGCAACAUUCGCAGCAUGGCAGUGAGCGGGGCGAUAAACCCGAUUCUGAGAUUUCCGUCGUUCGUGUACCCGACGGCUAUGCCAACUCGGGCAAUGCAUCCGGCAACUCUGGCAACGUGGCGGGUGUUCAACGUGGCUCCCGACCCGAUGAUUUACCCAUGAAACCUCCUCUAGUCGGCCAACUGCCCAUGACCACUCCGUCACGCGAGGCCAGCUUGACGCAAAAGCUCGAAGUGGCCCUGGGUCCCGUUUGCCCGCUGCUGCGCGAAAUCAUGGUUGACUUUGCCCAUUAUCUGUCGAAGACUUUGGUUGGCUCCCAUGGCCAAGAAUUGCUGAUGGAGGGCAAAGGCCUUACCACGUUCAAGAACUCCCAUUCGGUGGUGGAACUGGUAAUGUUGCUUUGCUCCCAGGAGUGGCAAAACAGCUUGCAAAAACAUGCCGGCCUAGCCUUUAUCGAACUGAUCAAUGAGGGCCGGUUGCUUUCGCAUGCCAUGAAGGAUCACAUUGUGCGUGUAGCCAAUGAGGCGGAAUUCAUAUUGAAUCGUAUGCGAGCCGAUGAUGUUCUCAAGCAUGCCGACUUCGAAUCCCAGUGUGCCCAAACUCUGCUGGAACGCCGCGAGGAGGAGCGUAUGUGUGACCACCUGAUUACCGCGGCUCGACGUCGUGACAAUGUCAUUGCCAGCCGGCUGCUGGAAAAGGUGCGCAACAUUAUGUGCAAUCGCCAUGGGGCCUGGGGUGACUCAAGUGGGUCGGUACAAAAGCAGACCUAUUGGAAACUGGAUGCCUGGGAAGAUGAUGCUCGACGACGCAAACGCAUGGUCCAAAAUCCCCGUGGCUCUUCACAUCCUCAGGCCACGCUCAAAGCUGCCUUAGAAAAUGGUGGUCCCGAAGAUGCCAUCCUGCAGACACGUGACGAAUUCCACACCCAAAUUGCUGUCAGUCGUGCUCACCAAGCUACCCAACACACUGCCGAUUUACUGGACGAUGCUGAGCUUUUGAUCGAGGAUCGCGAACUGGACUUGGAUCUGACCGGACCUGUAAAUAUUAGCACGAAGGCCAAACUAAUUGCCCCCGGUUUGGUGGCGCCCGGCACUGUGUCCAUCACCAGCACCGAGAUGUUCUUCGAGGUGGAUGAGGAUCAUCCCGAUUUCCAGAAGAUCGAACCCGAAGUUCUCAAAUAUUGUGAUCACUUGCACGGCAAAUGGUACUUCUCGGAGGUGAGAGCCAUCUUCUCGCGCCGCUAUCUGCUGCAAAAUGUUGCCUUGGAAAUCUUUUUGGCCUCACGCACCUCCAUCCUGUUCGCCUUUCCCGACCAGCACACCGUCAAGAAGGUGAUCAAGGCCCUGCCCCGUGUCGGCGUGGGCAUCAAGUACGGCAUACCCCAGACCAGACGAGCUUCGAUGAUGUCGCCACGUCAGUUGAUGCGUAACUCGAACAUGACUCAAAAGUGGCAGCGUCGCGAGAUUUCCAACUUCGAGUAUCUAAUGUUCCUUAACACAAUAGCAGGUCGCACAUACAACGAUUUAAACCAAUACCCCAUCUUCCCCUGGGUCCUGACCAAUUACGAAACCAAAGAUUUGGAUUUAAGUCUGCCCUCGAACUACCGGGACCUUUCGAAGCCGAUUGGUGCCCUAAAUCCCUCACGCCGAGCCUAUUUCGAGGAGCGUUAUGAAUCCUGGGAAAGUGAUACAAUACCUCCGUUCCACUACGGCACACACUAUUCCACCGCUAGCUUUACUCUCAACUGGUUGGUGAGAGUAGAACCCUUCACCACAAUGUUCCUGGCGCUGCAGGGUGGAAAAUUCGACUACCCCGAUCGUUUGUUCUCCUCGGUCAACCUGUCGUGGAAAAAUUGCCAGCGUGAUACAUCAGAUGUAAAGGAACUAAUACCCGAAUGGUAUUUCCUGCCCGAAAUGUUCUACAACUCGUCUGGCUAUCGUUUGGGUCAUCGCGAAGAUGGAGCCUUAGUCAAUGAUGUUGAGCUGCCACCCUGGGCCAAGACGCCCGAAGAGUUUGUGCGCAUCAACCGCAUGGCUUUAGAAUCGGAAUUCGUCUCGUGCCAAUUGCAUCAAUGGAUCGAUUUGAUCUUUGGCUACAAGCAACGUGGUCCCGAGGCGGUACGAGCAACCAAUGUAUUCUACUAUCUCACCUAUGAGGGUAGUGUCGACCUGGAUGCCAUUGCCGAUCCGGUGAUGCGUGAAGCGGUUGAAAAUCAAAUUCGUAACUUUGGCCAAACACCCAGCCAACUGUUGAUGGAGCCACAUCCACCACGCAGCUCGGCCAUGCAUCUGUCACCGAUGAUGUUUAGUGCCAUGCCCGAUGAUUUGUGUCAGAUUUUGAAAUUCUAUCAGAAUUCACCCAUCAUCCAUAUAUCGGCCAAUACCUAUCCCCAGCUGUCGUUGCCUUCGGUGGUCACCGUGACGGCCGGCCAUCAGUUUGCGGUGAAUCGAUGGAAUUGCAAUUACACAGCCUCCGUCCAAAGUCCCAGCUAUGCGGAUUCGAAUCAACAGCAGGGUGCCGUGAAACCAUUGGCCAUAGAUCCAGUGUUAACUGCUGCUCAAAACACCACCCACAACAAUCCCAUGAAUCGACGACAUUUGGGUGACAACUUCAGUCAAAUGUUGAAGAUUCGUUCCAAUUGUUUUGUGGUCACCGUGGAUAGUCGUUUCCUCAUUGCCUGUGGCUUUUGGGAUAACAGUUUCCGUGUUUUCAAUACCGAAUCGGCAAAAAUUGUACAAAUCGUCUUUGGCCAUUUCGGUGUGGUAACCUGUUUGGCCCGCUCAGAGUGCAAUAUUACAUCGGAUUGUUAUAUUGCUUCGGGCUCGGCGGAUUGCACCGUUCUGCUGUGGCAUUGGAAUGCCCGGACUCAGAGUAUUGUGGGUGAGGGUGAUGUACCCACACCACGUGCCACAUUGACGGGCCACGAACAGGCUGUAACAUCGGUUGUGAUUAGUGCUGAGCUGGGUUUGGUUGUAUCGGGCUCGACAAACGGUCCCGUUCUGAUCCACACCACCUUUGGUGACCUUUUACGUUCGCUGGAUGCUCCCAUGGAUUUCCAUUCUCCCGAAUUAAUUGCCAUGUCCCGCGAAGGUUUCAUAGUUGUCAACUAUGACAAGGGCAAUGUGGCCGCCUACACCAUUAAUGGCAAGGAACUUAGACAUGAAACUCACAAUGAUAAUCUACAGUGCAUGCUGCUCUCACGUGAUGGUGAAUAUUUGAUGACAGCCGGUGAUCGUGGCAUCGUUGAAGUGUGGCGUACCUUCAGCUUGGCACCACUUUAUGCCUUCCCAGCGUGUAAUGCUGGAAUUCGCUCGUUGGCACUGACACAUGAUCAAAAAUACCUAUUGGCUGGUCUCUCAACUGGUUCCAUUGUUGUAUUCCACAUCGAUUUCAAUCGUUGGCAUCAUGAGUAUCAACAACGUUACUAAAUGUGUACGGCCCAUUACUCCCCAUCUACUUACCAUGAAAACAACCUGGCCAUCCCGACGUGGCAGAAUUGACGAGGAUCUCCUUGUCAAAUUUAGAAUCGAAAAUAAAAGCCCACAACAAAAAAUACAAAAACAACUGCUUAGGCCAAAUCAGCUACUACCUUACAAAACAGAAAAAAACAAUGACGAAAUGUGAAAUGUAAAGAUAAAAAAAAAACUACUCUAGUGAAAACCUUAAACAAGUAAGUUUGUUUUGUUGCGAUGACAACAAAAGGAGUUUCUGUUCUGGCUUUUACAAAAAUUAAAUGCAAUGAAAUAUGUUUUCUAGAAAUUAAAAAAAAAAUAGAACACAAGAGAAGAGUCACAAGUUAAGUUAAGAUUUUUAACUUGAAAAAAAAUGAUACUUAGUUUCUAGGUUAGAAUAAUCGAAAAAAAAACCUAACUAAAUAAAAAAGAAAUCUAUACACAAGAAAAAAAGACAAAAUGCAAUUCGUAGAGACAUUAAUUUCUAAUACGUUUUUGGGCAGAAACUAAAAUUCGUAGAGAAUGUUUCGGACAAAAUUUAAACAAAAUUCGACUUAAAAUUGGAAAGUCUUGGCAAAAAAAAAAGAA